AUGUUGGGUUAUAUUGAGGCUGUUAUUGAGUUAUCUGGUUUACCCAAUUUUUCUGAAAAACAAUCAGAACAAGACUUCCAAAAUGAAGAAAAAGGACCACUCGGCCAACGCAAACGACGCCGUUUAAUUGGAAAUUUGGAUAAUACACUUGAUGGCUUGGUUGCUAAAAGGGCCGAUUUGCCGUUGAAGAAACGUUAUCAAUCAGAAACGGAAGCUAUUGAAUUGCCUGAUGAUGAACAGGAAAUGAAGCGAAUGGAAACAGAUCCAGAUGUGUGUACCCGAAUGUGUUCUGUUUGUGGUUAUCAAGGCAAAUGGGUUUCUGAAAUGAUUAGACACAAAAGAGUUCAUACAAAUGAUAGGCCCUUUAAAUGUAAAUAUUGCAACAGAACAAGUAAAUGGAAGGCAGAUUUGAUUCGUCAUGUAGCAAGUAAAAUUUUAAUUGGCAGUCGUGUGUGUAGCCUGAGGGGCUUUUGCGAGCUGAAAAUCUCCGUAGAAAAAUUGUCCCAAGAAGAUUGUCCGCAAGUCGAGGUCCACAGGAAAAAGUCCGCAAGAAAAAUCCGCAAUUAAUGUCCGCAAAACAUUGUCCGCAAAAAAAUGUCCGCAAAUAUUAUCCGCAAAAAAUAUCCGCAAACCCCUAGGCUACACUUGUGCCAUUUAUUCUACUCCAGUUUUCCUUACCCUUUUAAAAAAUUAUAUUUUAGAAACUCAUGGUAUUCGUGUUGUU